UGCGAUGAACUUUACAACAGUUCUAAUGUCAUUCUUCUUCAUUUUUCCAAUAGUGUUCAACAAACCAAUUGGCAAUGAAAUCAAUGAGAUAGGACAUUUUUCGAAAAACCCGCCAUUCUACUCCACUGAUCUUUUCUCACUGAAUGAAAAUGCAAACGAGAAUUUAAGAAUGAGCCCAAUCGAAUUGAAUUUCUGGAAGAAGCUGAGAGACGGGUUCUUGGAUUUCUUGAAAAACGCGCAUGGACAUAUUGGGAAAUAAUUUAUAUAACUAUUUCAUUUGUCUGAUCCGUGUUUGAUUAUUUGAAUAAAGAAAAAUUAAA